GUUUUAGAAUACAGAGUUAGAUCAAUGUGGCAGGAAUGUAAAUCAAUGAUGCUCAAAAUUCAUAUAUGGUUAUGACAGCAGUUUGUUAUUUCUGCUAUGUGUUGUCCACAAGGGCGGACUGCCCAUUUGGGCAUUUUGGAAUUGCCCAAGGGCCCAGGGUCAGUAAAGGGCCCCAUGAGAGGUCCUUGUCAACUUGCCCAUAAUAUCUUGAUGAGGCUUGAGUGUGGGCAGGGACACGGAGGCCCCAUGAUCUCCUAUUGCCCGGGGGCCCCAUGGGUUGUCAGUCCGCCG